GGCGAUUACUCCUGGUACGUCUGCAGAGCCCAGGCAACCGGCGUUGCAGCCAAUAUCUGCAAAGAGAGCUCAAAGUAAGUUUUUUAAAAUGAUGGUACCCAGGCCAUCAAGGGUCCCCAGCAUUCCUCCUCCACAGCUUCCUGGCUCUGACCAGGAUAUCAGUCAGUGGAACUGUUCUCAGCAGCAGAGGAUCUGGAUGAAGACAGAGCUUGAAUCAAUGGGUCUAUGGCCGGGCUCCAUUCCUGUGCGCAACCUCAUGAAGAUGGUGUCAUUGAGGCGUUUCCCUCCCCAGCCAGAAUUAAUUGACAGCAUCUCUGAUCUUUCAUCCCCAAAGUACUUUCAGCUCCAUCCCUUUUUUAUAUGGAAGCCAAAGAAUUACUUAAUGGCCAGGCUGAGGAACAACGACACUCUGCCAUGCAUUGAAGGUUGUGCUCAGGCCCAAGUUGUCUCGGCAGGUGUUGGUAGACCACGUGUGAGUGUUGGCAUCAGUGGACAGUACUACCUCUUUUCCUCCAGGCUGUGCUGUAAAGUUUGCCGGAAGAGGUGGUAUGCUGACAACCAACUGUGGCUGGAAAAACUUCCAAAGAGGUUCACAAACCUGUUGCCGGCAAUACUGACCUAUAAGAAGGCCAUCUGUAAAUCCGUAAUGGACGAGCUCAGGCGCACAGGUAACUCACCCACUGACAUGGCAAAGCAGAUCAUGGAGAUGAUGCACCUGAAAUAUGAACGUGCUCACUUGGCCUUCCUGCUUACCUGCCAGAACGUCAUGGAUGGUGAGGCAGGAAAGUAUGACCUAAGAACCAUCGCUCGGUCCAUAAGACAGGAAACCAAGCUAGCUCCCUUUGGAGAGUAUGGGGAUUCAGGUGGCUGCAACGGGAUCUCUGUGUCUGCACACUACCUAACUGACUGCCUACUGCAUGAGUACCAACACAAGGAGGGUGCUAUCAGAAAGCUUCUUCAGGGCACCUUUGGACAGGCUUUCCGCUCAGACCACACAACAGAAAGUUGCUAGGAAGGUCACCUUUUCAUCUGGGACCAUGUCAUCAUAUGCAGUCAGGAAUGAGAACAGGAUGAUCCUUUCAUGGGUGAUGGUGCAGUCUGAGACUGAAAAGUCACUGAAGCCGAUGUAUGAAGGUUUUGCAAAAUGCUACAGCACUGCAAGCAUAGAGAAUGCACACUACCAGUGGGUAGACAGGAAUUGCUGUGCAGCAUUUAAGGUUGCAGAAUCUUAUAGAGGAGAGCAGAUGAACUGGGAUGCUUGGAAAACCACUAACAUUAUUGUUGCUGAUGCCACUGCUGGUGACCUGCUGAACACCUUUGCAUCAAGAUCACACUACAAUGAAAACAUUGUUAUCAAGCUGGACUUGUUUCUCUGUUGGAGACGGUUCCUCCGUGAGUAUGUGUCAGAGCAUCAUCCUCUCUACAUUCCUUUGCUCAGUUCCUGUCGGCAGCCUUUUCAGUUGUUGAUCAGGAAGACCUGCAAAGGCUUAAAGAGGCAUGUGUCUUCCGUUGUAUUCAGCCUGCCAACCCAACAAAGGCACACAUUUGAGAGCACUGCAGAACCUGAAUUCCACAGCCUGAAGAGCUUUUCAAGAGAGUCAAGGUAGUUUUCCAGCACUUUUACCUCACAACUGAUCCAAAUGGUGCUCCUCUCUUCAAGCCUUCUAUGCUGAAGACAUGGCGUAUUCAGCGCGUACAAAUCUUGCGUGGGUGCCUGAGUGAUCCUGAGGUUGAAGGUGGGAUCUUGUACAGGCACGGAGGAACACUGCAGCUAAACCACGUGCUGGGGGAAGGUGCUAGUGUUCCUGUGUGGAUCCCCAUCAGAGGCACUUCACAGCAAGAGGGAUACCAUUUCCAUCAGGCUCAGUGGGUCACUGGAACACGCGUCUCCCCAGAGCUGUUCCAAGCCCAGGGGAUGAAAGGGUGGAAUUACCAGCGCCUGGUGGACUUGAAACAGCUAGAUGUUCAUCUCCCAAGUGUCUUUGAUCCAGCUUUGAUGGCACAACUAAAUGCAGUCUCUGAAAGAGUCCUGGGGCAUGUUAAGUAUGCUGCUUUUCAUUUCACUGGCUCAGACACUGGAGAAAAGUUUGGCUUGGAAUAUCUUGAGCCUGGUUGCCGCCCAGUUCCUCUAGACUGGGAUAAACACAGGAGCAAGACAGACCUAACCCAUGCCCUGAAUCCCCGUCCUCAAAGCAGCCCACCCACUGCCCAGGCUGAGAUUCCACAGUCAUCCUCCAGGUCACUACCCAAGCUGUUUCAGUUUGCUGAAUGCCCUCCUGCUGAUUUUAAACCAGAUGACACUACAAGUACAACUCCCGAGCCUCCGACAGAGCCAGAAAUCAGAAGUCCGCUGUCUCUCCUCUUCUUUCCCUCACUAAGUGGUGCUCGUACUGGACCG